CGGUACGUUUUUGUUUUUAGGGAGGUUUAAUAGAGCAGCGCUACAUUCACCGCCCCACGAUUAUUUAAAGAAGCCAAGAGAGAGUUGUUGAUCAAGAAGAUGCCUUGGCCUGCUGGUGGAAGCGAGAAGAGGAAGAGAAGAAGCAGGAAGACAGAGAGAUAGAGGAGAAUGUCGAUCUUCUCUUCUUUGGAAUUGUUCUUCAUCUUUUCUCUUAUAGCAGGUCAAAUUCUCCAAAUCUUGAGUCUUAAUAUCGGGAUCAAUUAUGGCCAAAUUGCCAACAAUCUUCCUUCACCAUCCCAAGUUUCUGAGCUUCUUCAGUCUCUCUCUAUCAAUAAAGUUAAGCUUUACGAUGCUGACCCGAAUGUAUUAAGUGCCUUCGCCAAUUCGAACAUCGAGUUCAUAAUUGGGAUUGGCAAUGAGAAUGUUGCAAACAUGAUAGAUUCAUCACAAGCAAAAGCCUGGAUUCAGCAAAAUGUUCAGUCAUUCCUUCCUCAGACAAAGAUUACAUGCAUAACCGUAGGCAAUGAAAUUCUCUCCGGCAAGGACACGUCGCUAAUGUCCAACCUUGUACCAGCAAUGCAGUCUCUCCAUGGUGCUCUAGUCUCUCUUGGAUUGGACCAACAAGUGAAUAUAACCACUGCACAUUCUCUUGCUAUACUAGGUAACUCUUACCCUCCUUCCUCAGGCUCCUUCCUACAAAAUCUUGCUCAAUACAUUCAGCCAUUGCUUGACUUCCAUUCAAAAACCAACUCCCCUUUCUUGAUAAAUGUUUACCCUUACUUCGCCUAUAAGGCUAGCCCAGAUACUGUUUCAAUGGAGUAUGUCCUCUUUCAGUCAAAUCAAGGUGUCACUGAUCCAAAUACAAAUCUAAACUAUGAUAACAUGCUCUAUGCUCAGCUUGAUUCUGUCUAUUCUGCAAUAAAAGCAAUGGGAUAUAAUGAUAUUAAUGUAAGAGUAUCAGAGACUGGCUGGCCAUCUAAAGGGGAUCCUGAUGAGGCUGGAGCUACUGUAGAGAAUGCAGCUUUAUACAAUGGAAAUCUCUUGAAGAGGUUGGAGAUGAAUCAGGGUACACCAUUGAUGCCAAAUACACCACUCAGUAUCUAUGUUUUUGCCUUAUUCAAUGAAGAUUUAAAGCCUGGUCCAACAUCUGAGAGGAAUUAUGGGCUGUUCUACCCCAACAACACUCCUGUCUACAAUAUUGAUUUGCAAGGGUCUGGAAUAUCCGGAUUCUCAGGAUUCUCUCCUUCAUCAACAUCUUUCAUAGUGACGGGUUCAUCUUCUAAGCAAGUGGUAAUCUCUCUUUUAGGCAUUCUUGGCAGUCUUAUUUGUAGCUAUAUAACACAAUUUUGAUAAAGAGGAACAGCUUUAGAAAGGAAAAGAAAUUCAAUUUCACUAAUCCACAUGAGAUCCCUCAAAAGAGUCUGCAUGCAGAAAUUGAGGUAUAUAUGCCAGCAAAAAAUCUUGUUAAAUAUAGCUGUUUUUUCAUUUAUUUAAUCACAUGAAUGUAUUGGAUUAGCCCCACAUUGAAUAAUCAAAAAGUGUGUUGUUAUAAAAAUAUUGAGUGGUUGUUUCUCAUCUAUAUAUUUAGAGCUUUUGUGGGGAAAAUAAACUUAGCCAGUUAUGUAUUAAGCCCAACUUGGGCCUCCCCUUUGAUGCUUCAGUUUUAAUCGAGUGAUUCUUGUGGUUUGUUGCUUUCA